ACACUUGGCUCACGCAGAGUGGGGGUACAAUAUGUUUUAGUCAAGAACUGAAAAUUGUCUUGUGAUAGGAGCUUUUUAACUGAGUGCAACAUGUUUCUGCUAAUAACAUCUUUUAUUUUUGCAGGUAACUGACAUCAAGCUAUGAUGUUUCAUUUGGACAUGUUGACUUUAAUGGGAUUUGUCUUUGGUAACAGGGACUGUUGAACACGAGAACAUCCAUGUCUUGGUUCCUCUGGCUCCUAACUCAGUGGCCCUCCUCAGCCCUCUUACUCUUGCUUCUCAGUGUAGUGGGGCUGGAAGUGGUUCAGGCGAUACUGUGCUCCAGGUGGGGUGCACCAAGGAACAAGAGCCUCUCCCAGGAUGGAGACGUGAUUAUUGGCGGACUGUUUAAUCUGUUUUAUAUACCAUCAGCUGUAGAGCAGGGCUUCACAGAGCUGCCACAUUAUGAACCUUGCACCGGUUUAGAUUUAGAGCCGUUGAAAUAUACAUAUGCUAUGGUGUUUGCGGUGGAGGAAAUCAAUCGUAACAGCACCCUGCUACCAGGAGUGAAGCUGGGCUACCACAUACUUGAUAGCUGUUCCCGAUACCCCUGGGCUCUGCAAGGUGCAAUGUCAAUGGUCGGAGGAGACACACACAGCUGUAACGUAGCAGCCUCUAUACCUCAUCCUGCAGCUUAUGAACAACCUGAAGAGACAGCAGCAGGCAGUCAACCUGUUCCAUUGCUCAUUGCUGCUGCUUCAUCUACAACAGGCAUAAUGCUCUCCAGGAUCCUGGGGCCUCUCUCUGUGCCAGUUAUCAGCUACUUGGCUAGUUGCCCCUGUCUUAGUGACAGGGCAAAGUUUCCUAACUUCUUCAGAACAAUCCCCAGUGAUAUUUACCAAGCACGGGCCAUGGCACAACUGGCCAUACGCUUCCACUGGACUUGGAUGGGAGCAGUGGUAGAAAACAAUGAUUAUGGUCAAUUGGCAAUACAGGUAUUUCAGGAGGAGAUUCAGGGAAAAGAGGUGUGUCUAGAAUUUGUAGAGACUCUCCAAAGGGAAAAUAUUGUGAGUGAUGCCAGGCGAGCAGCACUCACAAUUCAAGCUUCGACUACGAGGGUGAUUCUGAUCUUCUGCUGGUACACUGAUGUAAAGAAAGUAUUUCUGGAACUGACCAAGAUCAAUGUGACAGACAGACAGUUUCUGGCCAGUGAGGCUUGGAGUACCAGUGAUGAUCUUCUCCAAGAUCUUACCAUCUCUGAAGUGGCAAAUGGUGUUCUUGGUGUGGCCAUUCGAAGUUCAACAAUACCUGGAUUUGAAAAUUAUCUCAGGCGUUUGCACCCAAUUAAUCAUCCUGAUGAUGAAUUCUUACGGGACCUCUGGAAAAACGAGUUUGGAUGCAGUCCUGAAGCUACACAAUCAAAUGCAACACCUCUCUCUUUAUAUUUCUCUUCACCACAAAAAAAUCAGUCAAAUACUUCUGCUCCUGCCAGCCGGGUAGAGAAGCUCUCCCUCCAGAAAGUUACUCUACCACCCUGCAGUGGAACAGAGUCCCUGGAGGGAGUGCAGCAUCCUUUCACUGACACCUCUCAGCUAAGGGUGGCAUAUAAUAUCUAUCUGGCUGUUUAUGCUGCAGCCCACGCCCUUCACAGCCUUCUGUCCUGCCCCGACAAAGACAGCCCUCCUGGAAACAACAGUUCCACAUGCUCCUCUCCAAAACACAUCCAACCCAUAGAGCUGUUGCAUCACUUGAACAAAGUGAACGUCACCACACCACAAGGGGAAAUGUUUUAUUUCCAAGGGGCCGACAUUCCAGCAAAAUAUGACCUUGUCAACUGGCAAAAGACCCCUGAGGGGUCACUCAAACUUGUUUUGAUUGGUCGUGUAGAUGGGUUCAACAUCCAUCUUAAUGAGUCAGCUAUUCGGUGGAGCACAGGAUCCAAUCAGGUGCCUGUUUCAGUGUGCAGUGAGAGCUGCCCCCCAGGUACCCGAAAGGCCAACAGGAAAGGAGAACCUCUCUGCUGCUUUGACUGUCUCCCAUGUGCUGAUGGGGAGAUUAGCAAUAAAACUGGUUCCCUUCACUGUGAGCGUUGUCCUUCUGAGUUCUGGUCUAAUGUUGAACAAACAGCCUGCGUAGCACGUCAGCUGGACUUCCUGUCCUUCAAUGAAACUUUGGGCAUUACUCUGACUACAGCAGCUGUGUCUGGUGCCGCUGUGACAACAGCUGUGUUUGUGGUGUUUCUUUACUACCGGAAAACACCUAUGGUGAGAGCCAACAAUUCAGAGCUGAGCUUUCUGCUUCUCCUGUCGCUGAAACUCUGCUUCCUGUGCUCACUGGUCUUCAUUGGUCGUCCAUCAGUCUGGUCUUGUCAGUUCCAGCAGGCAGCUUUUGGGAUCAGCUUUGUACUUUGUGUUUCCUGCCUUCUGGUGAAAACCCUCGUGGUUCUUGCUGUUUUCCGCUCAGCUCGACCUGGUGCAGAAACCUUGUUGAAGUGGUUUGGUCCAGGACAACAGAGAGGAAGUGUCUGCCUCUUUACCUGUAUACAGGUUAUCAUCUGUGCCAUAUGGUUGUCCCUCAGUCCCCCAGUGCCUCAACCUGAUCUGGGUUUCCAAGGGUCAAAGGUCACACUGGAGUGUGCCAUGGCCUCAGUGGUGGGCUUCUCUCUGGUUCUGGGCUACAUUGGUCUGCUGGCCUGCUCCUGCCUUCUUUUGGCUUUUCUUGCUCGGAAACUCCCUGACAACUUCAAUGAGGCCAAACUGAUCACCUUCAGCAUGCUGAUAUUCUGUGCUGUCUGGGUUGCCUUUGUCCCUGCUUACGUUAGCUCUCCUGGGAAGUAUGUUGUCGCUGUGGAAAUUUUUGCAAUUCUGGCCUCCAGCUAUGGGUUACUGCUCUGCAUUUUUGCCCCCAAAUGUUUCAUCAUUCUCUUGAGGCCUGACAAAAACACUAAGAAACACUUGAUGGCCAGAUAGUUAUUCUGUAGUUUUCUUGAAUGUGAGCACAUGACUCAUAUUUUUCUGGUGAUAUAAUGCAUGCAUUUGUGUGUAUAUGUUUUUUCAAAUCAUUAAAUCUAAAUAAUGUUCAUUCUUAAUGAGCUCUAUAAGGUAAAAAAAUAAAUGUCUUUCAUCCAAACAUAGUUAAAGCUGAACUGAAACUGAAAAUUUCUUCUUUUCUUAGACGUCUUUAGACAUUAAAGAAACACAUUUAAAUUAGAUAUGUUUGAUAUCUAUGUACCUUUCUUGCACACAUGUUUAAUUGUGACAAAUUAUGUAGCGGGUGUACCAUUGUAUGUUAUUUUCAUUAUACUUUAUACAUGCAUUACUUCAAAGUGAAUAAUAAAAACAUUUCACUUUCA